UCCUGUAUUUCUGGAAUAUCUGCAGAUGAGUAUUUCAAAUGUAUGUAAAGUCAUUUUUAAUUGCUUGAUAUUUUUACAUUGUGUACGAAUUAUUUCUGUGCUUUAAAAUGUGUACAAAGUCAGUUUUUUUAAAGCGUUUACAAGAUUUGCUGGAUCUGUGAAAGUCCUUGACUGUGGUUGGCUAUUCAUUCUGCUUUAUAAUACCACUGUUCCUAGAUGCCAGAGAUUUCAUCAAGCUGAUUCCAGACAUAAAGAUGAAAUUCACACAAAAUGUGCGAUCUUUGUGGUCAGUGGCGAGUGCUGGAUUAAGACCACAAAAUCCAGAUUAUUCACAGUAUACAAUGGUUAAACAAUCUGGUCUCUUGCCCUGAACAUUAAAUUUCCAUUGUGACACCCACGCUUUCCAUGCAAGGUACUUACAUUCAAAAUACAUCAUUUCAUCCCAGGUAUAUUUUUCCAAGACAGUUCAUGCUUGAUCUGUGCUUGUUUAUUUCCUCAUCUCAUAUAGAACACUGCAACUACUUUGACUUAAAAAGGAGGUCAAAGCUAUCAUUAGGGUGUGGUAAGAUAACACAAGAUAUCAGAGCAGUGUGCCCCACGGCUCUCCAAAUAUUAGAAUCAGAAUCAGGUUUAAUAUCACUGGCAUAUGUCGUGGAAUUUGUUAACUUAGCGGCAGCAGUACAAUGCAAUACACGAUAAUAUAGGAGAAAAUUAAGUACAUGUAAAUUACAGUAAAUAUAUGCAUAUUGAAUAGUUAAAUAAAAAAGUGCAAGAACAGAAAUAAAAGUGAGGUAGUGUUCAUGGGUUCAGUGUCAAUAUUAGUUGAACAUUGCAGCAGAAGGCAGGGAGAAGUUUUUAAGCACAACUGUGUUUCAUUGUUAUAUGUUGAACUCCUUGCACAGUCCCUCAGGGUCAACUUUCACUUCAGUUAUGUGGGUUUUAAGGCCAGUGUGGCAGGAGGUGAUGGGCAAGGUGGUGGGUAGUGGUGUGAGUUGGCAUGCUUUUUUUCCCAAUUGCAACAUUGUUUCUCAUUCUGAGUUAGGGUCUCAAGGUUCUCAGUUCGAUCCAAUACUUUCUCUGCACUGAGUGGACGCGGGGAUUCCUGGAUUGAUGCAGAUGUUCAAAGAAAUCCUGGAAACAUCUCCACUGUCCACCUAGUUGUAUCUUCCUGUGGCAAAGCUGCAAACUGUUUCCAUUUUAAGAGGUUAGUUUUGGGAAUGGUGAGACUUGCGGAAUUGGAGUUGAUCAUGCAUUCCCAUAACCAACGAUCUCACUUAUCUCAUCAAAAUCAUGUUCUCGUUAUUUAUAUUUGCAUUUGCACAGUUUGUUGGCUUUUGCACUCUGGUUGAUCUCUCAUUGAUCCUGUUAUAGUGACUGUUCUGUAGAACUGCUGAGAAUGCCCACAGGAAAAUGAAUCUCAGGGUUGUACAUAAUAACGUGUACAUUGAAAAUAAAAUUUACUUUGAACUUUUUAAUAAGGACUUCAUUUCUGGGAUAUUGGCCUGGGUGGGAAUGCUGAAGGUAGGUCAUUUGUCCAGCAGAGAACUCAAAGGAUUUUGCAGAGACCAUUUUGGUGAUGUCCCCCCAGUGCUCAAAGGUUCCUGCUGCAGGUAGGCUAUGUCACAGAAGCAAGGGAUCACUACUGCUUUGUCAGCCCCUAGUUUUGUGCCAAGUUUGAGAUCAAAGUGACUUCUGAUGCCCUGAAGCUUUGCCGGUGAUAGGAGAGGUGGUGAACUUAAGCCUUCACUGAAAUGUGUCUCCCAAGAUGUGAGAAAUCGUGAACUGUUUCCUCAGUUUUCUCUUGUCAGAGGGUGGUGGUGUGCAGCCAUCAGCUAAUUACCAAGAAAGAUAAUAAAUCCAGCUAUGGUAACAACAGAGAAGUCUCCAGGUGUCUGGCAGAGAGAUGGUUAUUUCUGGGUUCUGAAUUCUAAUGCAAAUUCUGUCCAUUAACAAGCAGUUGACAAGACCUUCACUGUAAGAAAACAUGCAGAAAUUCAAAGAGCAGCUGCAACUACUACAUGUGGUCUUUUCUGACCUCAUUCAUCGAUUGCUCAUACUCUGGAGAGUCGUCUGCAGACUUUGGCUGCUAUCGAAAUUUAUCUCCACCUCUGCUAGAAAGAAGGGUUUUGGUGUGGAAGUCCAUAGUUCUCUGGAUGUGUCAACACAAGUAAAUAGGGUGGUAAUAUGGCAUAGUUGCAUAGCGCAGUUUAUUUUGCAUUUUAAAUCAGUAUUACGAUCACCAAAGAUAUUGUAGACUGAAAGAUGUGCUCCACUAUUCUGUAUACUAUGUUAUUUCGCUUCACGUUGUCAUGUAAAACAUAAUCGUAAUCCCCAGGUCCACAAUUAAUCCCAACUCAGUGCAGACCGGUACAACACAGAUGCUUUGUCCCUUUGGUUUGGCCUGCAUGUUUUGCUGUACAAGGAAAAUACAUGGGGCAUAAGUGUUGGGUGUUAAUGACCGGAAAUAUGAAGGGAGAAAAGUACAUUUUUGUGUGGAAGUAAUUUAUGUAAAAUUCCAAAUUCACAUCUGGUGUUAGAAAAUAGUUUAAGAUCCUGGAUGAAAUGGUGCUUUUUUAAAAAAAUAUCUAGGCAAGAUAAAGUUAACUAACCUAAGUUAACAGUCAACCACAUUGGUGGGUCAGGAGAUGCACAUUGGGUAGUGAUAGUCAUUGUUACCAAGACCAGCAUCAUAAUUUCAGAGUUAUUGAAUGUAAUAAUAAGGUUACAUAUAAGGAUGAGAAGGAGGACAGAGAAAUGUGAAGUUCAGGGAGAGAAUUUCAGAUCCUAGAGCCUCUGCACCUGAAAUCACUCUCACCUGUUGGAAUGGUUGUAAUUGGGCAUUCAUAAGCCAGAGGGAACAACCAUUUCAAGGUUGUAGAGUUAGAGGAAGUGAAUUUUAUUAAGGGUAAAUGUAUCACGGGAUACCUUGGAUGUCAAUAGACCAACUAAUUUGUCAGGGAAUUUUGCAUUUCUAGAUAAUCACUUAAAUUUGUAUACCCUGCUAAGCUUUAAGUAACUUGAUCUGAAUGCAAGUUUUUAAAAAAUUUACUUGUUAUUAUUUUACAGUUUCGUAAUGAAAGUUUUAAAACAUUAUAUUAAUAUUCUGCAAAUUGGUAAAUUGAAUAAUAAGCAAUGUGGUAACAAACCACACAGUCUUGAGGUGAUAUGAUUUGGAACUAUUAACACAAGGAAAUAAAAUACUGUACCAUUAAUAUAUCAUUAUCUAGUUACUAUCCAAGGCCCUCUGUUGGAAAGUAUGAACCUAGCAGUUAAUGCUAGGAAUGGUUUUUAAUUUUUUACCAUGUCCUCUAAUCAAACAAUUGUUCAACACUACAUUGACCUGAUUUUUCUCUGCUUUUUUUUGAGUGCAUGGCAAAAAAAGGGGAUUAAAAAAAUAAGGCUGAGAUCUACAACUAAGUAUAAUUUUAUAAUGGAAAUGGAAGAAGAGUGAUCCGGACAUAAACCCUGCCUUACUUUAUAUUGGGUCCAUUUCUAGUUUGCUGGAAAAGAUGGCCCUCUAAUUGUUUUCUAGCUAUUUUGAAGGGAACUUGCAUCAAUCUCCAUCAACACAUUGAAAUGUAGAUCACCUAAUUCCAUAGCCAUCCAGAAGUAAAGACUACAGGGACAUGGCAGGAGAAUAGGUUUGAGAUGGGUUGAACAGCCCAAUUCUGCUCCUACGUCCUCGGAAACAUCUAUUGUGCAUUCUCCUCAGCAGCUCCCUGACUUGUCGAGUUCUUCCAGCAUUUUGUGUGUGUUGCUUUCUGCAUCUGAAGAAACUCUUAUUGAGUUAUUGAGGAGCUGAAUGUUUUCUGCUCCUGAUCCACUAUUGUAACUAUACCUUGAAAACUCAUUACUCCACCGUCGCUGGAUGUGAGCUUCGGCAUUCCUGAACCAGCAACGCUGCAGGAGUAUCUUCGCCUGACUGUCACCGCGGAUCUUAAGCGGCAGCUAAGUGCGGUACCGGGUUCGGUCGACGGGCGGCGCUACCCGCGCCCUGCGGUACCGGACUCGGGCGGCAGGCGGCGCUACCCGCGCCCUAUUUUAAGCAGCUUCGGGCUCGCGGCCGUUCAAUUUGCAACGGUUGUCUCUGGAAAAUGGCGGCGGCACCGUCGGACUAUCGGUCCGCAUUGCUGCGGCGGGAUCCGGCGGCGAUGACAGGCGUGCUACCGGUACUUUCGCCUCAGGAAAUUAAGCGGCGGCUGCAGAGAACCCGCAGGGCACUGAGUAACAGGAGAAAGAUCCUGGUGAAGCACCUGCCCCCGGACAGCGGCAGCCAGGAUGUAUAUGAAUUGUUGAAAGAUUAUGAAUUGAAAUACUGCUAUGUAGAUAAGAACAAAGGAACAGCUUUUGUUACUUUGCUGAAUGGAGAGCAAGCACAAGAUGCCAUUCACAAAUUUCAUAAGUCCAUUUUCCAAGGAAGGGAGAUAUCUGUUCAGCUACAACCAACAGAUAGCUUGCUUUGCAUUACUCAGCUACCGCAUUCUUAUACAGAGCAACAGUUUGAGGAGUUGGUCCACCGCUAUGGAAAUAUGGAGCGAUGCUUCCUUGUUUAUAGUGAGACUACUGGGCAUUCUAAAGGCUAUGGUUUUGUGGAAUACAUGAAGAAGGACUCUGCUGCUCGAGCUAAAUCUGAACUUAUGGGUAAACAGCUGGGAUCUUGCAUCCUGUAUGUGCACUGGACAGAUGUUGAUCAUCUGUCACCUGAUUUCCUUCAUUCAAAGUGCCUUUGCAUUGGUAAACUUCCCCAUGAGUACAAAGAUGCAGAGGAACUAACACAACUCUUCUCUCAGAUGUUUAAACCAGUUUUCUGUCAGCUUGCCCAGGGCUCAGGUAGCCAACCGUCCUUUGCAGUGGUGGAGUACCAGACUGCUGAUCAAACUGAAUUAGUUCAACGAUCCACUAAUGGAAUGCUUAUUCGGGGUAGCCAUGUCAAUGUUUCAUUUUGUGCUCCAGGGCUUCCAGGACGCAGUAUGCUAGCAGCACUUAUUGCUGCUCAAAGGCUGUUGUUAAACAACAGUAAAGGCCUCCUUCCUGCACCCAACCCUUUGCAGUUCAUAAACGCCCUGGGUAAUCCUGUUUUGCAGUUGCUCCUGAGACCUUACUUCAAUGGGCGUGCUGGCAAAAAAAGUAUGCUGGGGACUACCUGUGGCCUACCAGUUUUGCCAAAUCCUAUACUGACUGCAGCCCUGCUUCAAAUAAAUCAAGCACAACAGAAUGCUGCUUUAGGGAAUGGAUUGUUUCAGAAUCUACUCCAAAUGCACCUGACACAGCAACAACUGCUCAUGAACAAAGAAAAUCCAGCGAUCAACAAUAAGUCCAGUUUACUUGGAGAUCCUCCCUUGUUACUUCAGGGAGCUAUGGAGCUUGGAUCAAAAUUUACAUCAAAUCCUGGGAAAGGGGUUUUGGCUGAAUCAUCAAAAGGUAUUUCAGUUCCUGCAUUUUGCGCUGAACUUGCUAAAGCAGCUGCACAGCCAGCAGUGGGGACUUCACCAUUUUGGUCCAGUGAGAGGUCCUUGGGGCAAAAUGUGACUGAGCAGAAAACCAAGUCAAAUCUGGUCAUGGGGCCACCACCACUUUCUGCUCCUAUUAGACAGGCUCAUCUUCAAGGCAUUCCCAAUUCUGUUCCAGGUGGCUUUUUGGCCAGCCACCAAAAGGAGCAAACUCAACAAAGUACACCUAUGAAUGGGAACUUCUGGAAUGCUGCAGUGAGCAACCAAUCGUUAUUGCUAGGAGUCCCACCAAAUGAUCUAAAAAUACCAAACAAUCCCUAUCUUAACUUUUGCAAUAUGCUGCCAAGUCCGAAUUUUCAUGUUGGAAAUGCUAAUAAGCACACUCCUGUACAACAGCAUGAUGCAGUUCUGGAAUCCAUAUUGAAUCCAGCCAUUUCUAGAGCAGCCAAAAAGUUGCAGACAUCUGCUUCACAGUGCACAUUUGACUGUUAUGCUACGUAUGCACCCAACUAUGGGGAUUAUACACAGGAGACCAUACAACAGUGGCACCAGAAUUCUGUAACAUCUCACAACUCUUCUGAGGCAUUUAUUCCAGAGUGUGGAAAAGAACAAUGUGAGAUACCAGCACCAACUUUUGUUAAGACAUCAUUUGCUCCUCUUGAAACAUUCCAUAACCAGCAUUUAUCUACAAAUGCCGAUGUGGAUUAUGGCAUGGCUGUUCAAAUGAUGCCUUCAUAUUAUGCUGAGAGACAGUCCAACUUUCCUAGAGGUGUACGUACAAGCAAAAUUUAUAUGCAGGAUCCUCCAUCUUCAGCACAGCAAUCACUUACCCCAGGGGAUGGAAUCCUGGGUCCAGUGCCUUUGGGAAACAUAAUGAAUAAUAUCAAGACUUUAAUAAAGGAAAAAAUGGAGGAAGUUAAGGCCCAAGAUGUUGACUAUCAGCUGAUAGUUAAGGAGAAGAUUCCCAGAAAUGCAACAUUGGCACACUGUGGUAAAGACAAAUUGUACUGUACAGCUUAAAGAAUGCUGCAGUUUGUUCAGUCUCAAAACUGGAAAUCCCUCAAUUAGGCCUCUGAACUGUUUCCAAAUUUUCCAUUUUCUCUCACAUGAUCUGUCUCCACUGAUUCCUCAGUUAAUCGAUUCAAUACAUUCAUAAUUCCCUGCAUAAAAUACUUAAAUUUCAAAUCCCUGACCAGUUUACUUUUAUAUUUGAAGCCGCCUCCCAAUUUAAAAGUCUGUGGGAUCUAACACAUUAUUUUCAGGAUUGAUAUAUCCAAUCCUUUAAGUAACUUGCAUGCUCAAACAGAAUCUCCUUAAGCCUUGCACUUUCAGAACAAACAUACGUGAACACUUCACAGUUUCUGGUACCUUUUAUUCCUUUGUAGACUUUAUAUUGUUUGCUCUUUACUACUACUUUGAAUUUCUGAUUAAAUUGUAUGGCUGCGAGUAGAAUAAUGUAUAUUGCCUUAUUUGAUUAAUUUGUUAUAUACAAUUUUAGUUAUAAUGUUCAAAAUUAAAAUUGUUUUGCUGUCUGUCUCUGCAUUGGGCAUGUUAAUCCACUUUGAACUUUGAUAAUCAUCCUCAACUAAUACACAACAGGAUCUUUAUCAUUUUAACUAAUUCAGUAACAUCAAAGUUUGUGUUCUUAAAUAUUUUUAAUUUCAUGCACAUGUAGGAACUAGAACCAGUGCUGUGGGGAGAAAUGGGAGGAAGGAAGAAGCAGGAUGAAAUCUAUUUAUAUUUCUCAUAUUUUUUCAUGAUAUAGAAGCCUAUCAAGCUUAUGUCAGCUCACAGAGCAAUCCCAUUUGUGCACUUAUUUCCCUUUGACCAAGUCUCUCCUAUCUACCUAUCCGCUUCACACCUCCAGCUAACUCAAAUGCAGUCUACUACACUUGUGGUGAUCAACAGUAACCAAUUAACCUGCUGACCGGCCUGUCUCAGAUGUGAGAGAAAAUAAGAGAGCACACAGCAAGGAAGCCAAAGAGUCACAAGAAGAACAUGCAAACACCAUCCAGACAAUCCCAAUGGUCUGGGCCCAAGUUAAGUUCCAUGUGAAUGGAGAUACCAGCACCACUGGUGGUUGUAAUGACUGUAAAUUAAAUGAUGAGAGGACGGAGUGCACCUGGCUCUCUAAUGUAUUUAUGGAGAGAUGGAGUUUCCUUCUGAAUAAACUAACUAGAUUGGACGGAUUGUCCAUGGUUCUGCCCUUUGAACAACCUGCUGUAAUUCCAAUGACUCACAUUUUAAGUCAAUUGUAGAAGCUGAAAGCACAAAAAAAAAAGUCAUGCUUGAUGGUAAAGGUAAAAAAGUAUCAAGGGGGAGCACAUGCCACUGAUUACAGUGAAUCUAUUUCCCCUUGGGCUUUGUGCUUUCUUAUUUACUUCAUAUUGGAGCUGGAUACACUUCAGAUUACAAACCCUGUAACUGCUUGCUUACAAGCUGUGGGGCUGUGUCAGGAGUGACCUGUGGAGGAUUGUUUCGAAUACUUUGAGGCUUUCAGUCAAAUUCUGUUAGCUUUCUCAGAUAAUUGUGCAGGAGCACAGGUCUCAAGCUAGCGUAUACACUCAGCCCACUUUUAUGCUCUAUUGGCUUAAAGACAAAAAGAGCCCAAGUCUAUUGCCCAACCCAAACACUAAUACACAUCAUGUAUCAGGAUAAAACCAGAGAUCUGGUGUCCUUGGAGGGUCAGUUCAUCCAACUUUGUCCACUAUAACUUAUAAUCUAGGAGACAUACAAAUAUGCACUCAAAUAUUUUUAUUUACGUGGCAUUUUUCUUUCUUCCUCCCUCUCCCACACACACAUACACACAAACAGAAAACACAUAUUCAAAACACUUCACCGAGUUGAGAGGAAGUGGUUUCAACAAAAAAAAAGGCUGCUACUUCCUUAUAAUAGUAGUUUGCAAACAACACUAAAAACCUAGUAGCUUUAUACAAAUAAUAAAGUUCCCGUGAGCUAGAUUCUCCCACUGUGGUUGAACUGGAAGUUUACACUUUUGUGUAAAAGGCUGUAAGGGUAAAACUAGUCUUUAACAGUAACACGUAUACAAUUACUGUAUGCAUUACUAGUCAGCUUUCCAACUAAACUGUUUUCCUUUGCAUUGAAAUUACAUUGAAACCCUUUCAAACUUCAUCGAAAACCUGAAUGAAAAAUACUACAUUAUCAUACAUCCUGCCGGCCACCCAUCUUUCUAGAUCGCAAAGCAUCCAUCAAGGAUUAUUUUAAAUAUCUUCAAAAAUGGGUACGUUUAAAGAUAACAAAAUAAAUGGAAAUAGUCUGAGAAUCUGGAGAUCAAUGGUUCUGAUCUGAAUUCCCCGAACUUGAGAGAGAGAAAGACCAUCAAAUAACUGAAACAAAAGUGCUAUUUCCUGGUAGAUUGGAGAUAGAGGAGUUGGGAAUAGGGAUUUUAAUGACAACUCUUAACACUAUUUGAUUGAACAGCAACUGGUAGUGAGUGAUGUGAAGUUCAAAGAGUAUUUUGUGCAGCAAAGGACAGGAAAACUGACAGGUAUAUAUUCUUCGAAUAAAAUUCAAUGACAUUUUAGGGUCUGAUAUCUACAUUAAAACAAAUAUAUCUUUCAAAAGCCACUUGUCAUCUUCUGUUUCGUGCUGAACACUGCAUUUAAUAGUACAGCUCAAAACCUUUCUCCAAUUUGAAUUUUUCUCCCAAUUACACUCCAGCAAAAAUAUACCAAGGCAUCCCACAUAGGUAUCAUUGAACAAAAACUAACAUAAGACCCACAUUAUGGCUACUAGGCAAAUGACAGAGUAGGGUUUUAUAAUGCAUCUUAGAAGGCAAAAUAAAUUUGAGGCAGAUAAAAAGACUGGAACCCAGGCCUUGGCAUCUACUAAUGGAGAGGAAAUAAGAUUCAAAGACAAGAGGACAGAACUAAAACACUGCAGAAACUUGGUAAGGCUGCAGAUUACUGAGACAGGGAGAGGCAUGACCAUAAGGCAUUUGGAAUUGGGGUAAGAAAUGUAGUAUGGCUUAAUUGGAAGUAAAUUUGAACCAAAGCAGUGGAAAUGGAUGAAAACUGCAACACAGAGAUGACGAUGUUGUGGACAAACUCAACUUAAACCCAAAUAAAAAUAUGACUUGACCAACAAAUUACAUUCUAAUUACUUUUUCCUCUUCCAUGAUCAAUUUAUACCGCCAUAUUUAAGUUUGUUGACAACACCAUUGCCGUUGGCCAAAUCAAAGGUGGUGACGACUCAGCAUAUAGAAGGGAGAUUGAAAUUCUGGCUGAGUGGUGUCGUAACCACAACAUCUCACUCAACGUCAGCAAGACCAAGGAACUGAUUAUAGACUUCAGGAGCUGGAAACCAGAGGUCUGCAACCCAGUCCUCACGGGAAUCAGAGAUGGAGAGGGUUAGCAACUUAAAAUUCUUGGACCCAGCAAGUAAGUGCAAUUAUGAAGAAAGCAUGGCAGAGUCCCUAUAUCCUCAGGAGUUUGCGGAGAUUCGGCAUGGCAUGUAAAGCUCUGACAAACUUUUAUAGAUGAGUGGUGAGGAGCACCAUGGCUGGGUGUAGAAACACCAAUGCCCUUGAACAGAAGAAGCCAACAAAAAGUAGUGGAUAUGGCCCAGUCCAUCAUGCUUAAAGCCCUCCCACCAUUGAGCAUAUCUACACAGAAAACAGUUGUAGGAAAGCAUGAUUGAUUAUCAAAGCCCCCCACGAUCCUGCCAUGUUCUCUUCCCCCUACUGCCAGCAGGAAGGUGGUACAGGAGCAUCAGCUCCAGGUUCUGGAACAGUUAUUACCCCUCAACCAUCAGAUUCUUGAACCAAAGGGGAUAAUUUCAUUCAACUUCACUUGUCCCAUCAUUGAACUGUACCCACAACCUAUGGACUCACUACCUCCAGCUUUAUUAUUAUUAUCAUCUCAGCUCAAGUUGGUAAACCUGAGGUAAGGACAUAGCCAAAAAUGCUCAUUUCUCAAUUGCUAAGAACUUUCGGACUAUUCUAGUGGUGUGUAGUAUUGUGGCUUUCUGAAGAUUCACAUAUAUAUUACUGCUCGUUUAAUGCCUUCAUUGGUUAAUGCUAUGUGUAGUGCCUUUGAGAUGAUACCAGAUGUAGAUAUUACUCUCAGGACAAUGUACACCUGGUUCAUGUUCCAAGGUCUUUCAAUUUCCUCAUUUAAUUCAGCAUACUUACGGUGUAUUUAUUGACUUCUGCAUGUUAUGAGUGCUGGGAAUGGCUAUAUCUAUUAAAUAACUUGUUCUUUCUUGUUUAUCCUGUAUUAUUAUAUCCAUACAGUUAUUAUGGAUUUCAUUCUCUGUAGUAACUGACCAGUCAUAAUUUGUGGUAUUCUGAUUCUAAAACUGGAUCAGGCUUAUAUUUACAGCAAGGUGUGAUUUCAUUUAUGAGUUUGUAUUUUAAAGUAAGAUUUUGAUGAACAAUGUUUGCAACUUCAUUGUGCCUGUGUAAGUAAUCAGAUGUGUUAAACUGCUACAGGAUCCUGUAAGGUGUUGGAUUGCUUCUGGUUUUUCUUUGGCAUUUUCUGCACUUAGCAUCUUGAAUUUUUUGUGUCUUUUAUUAUGUAUUUUUGAUACUUUUUUGUGUUAUUUCUUUUUGUCUUUGCACAGUUUGUUGCUCUUUGCACAUUGGUCAUUUGACCAUCCUGUUGGGAACUGUCUUUCAUUGAUUCUAUUGUGUUUCCUGUAAUUACUGUGAAUGCCUACCGGAAAAUAAAUCUCUGUGUUGCAUAUGGUCACAAACAUGUACUUUGAUAAUAAAUUUACUUUGAACUUUGAAUUAGAUUUACAGGCUAUAUUCAUCCAAACUUCCACACCAGGAAGAUUACAUGGCUCAUUUAUUCAUCCUUCUAUUCUCAAAGCCCAAACCUUACCUUACCCUGGGAAACAAAGUCCUUAAAAUGACAGUACCCAGGAGACCCAUGUAUGAUUGUUACAUUUCUUUAAUUACAGCAAGCUCAUGUAGGCAUGCUUUGAAAUAAAGAGUGCAUUUUAUUUCUUCAUCUGUUUACUCUUAAUGGGUAAGAGGAGCCUUUUAUUUAUGAGUAAGUUUUUAUCUCCCAUAUGCUUAAUACUGCAACAGAUUGUCUAGUAUUGAUAAAUAAUGACACUGUUAAAUUUAAAUCUUGCAGACCUCACAAAAUCUGGUAGAGGACAAAUGGGAAAAGCAAAUCUAUUAAGAACAGUUGGAGCUAGCACUUGCUAACCUGGCAAGUGGGAAAUGAUGCAAUUUAGGAAGUCAAAUUGAGGCAGGGCAUUUGCAGUCAACAACAAGGAAUGUUGAUGAACAGAGAGACAUCGAACACUGAACUGAAUCCCUUUGGCCUACGGUGUUGUGCUGACCUUUUAAUAAAAUCAAUCUAACCCUUCCCUCCUGCAUAGUCACGUGCCCACGAAUCUCUUAAGCGUCCUUCAGGUAUCUGCCUCUACCACCAUCCCUGGUAGCACAAUGCAUGCACCCACCCCACUCUGUGUUUAAAAUAAAACUACCUCUGACAUAGUCCCACACACAAUGCUGGAGGAACUCAGCAGGCUGAGAUGCCCGA